GUGUGUGUGAGUGAGUAUGACCCCCAGCGUGCCCGUGCCGCGCCCUUCCUAUUCCCAGACGAGGGAGCGUCUGGUGAGGGCCAUCCCCCCGAAGAUCAUCUGCCUGCUGGCCUGUGGGGGCCGAGACUGCCGCUACGAGGGGCCCGCCUGCUGGAAGCAGAGCCAGCAGGUCAUCAAGGGCCUCUUCUCCUCAUGGGUGACAGAGGACAUUGUUGCCAUGGCGAGGCCAUCUUCUCACCUCAUUAAGAAGUACAACAUCAUAGAGCAGUUUCAGGAACUGAACAUCAGGUCCCUCAUUAACAUGCAGUUGCCAGGGGAACACGCUCAUUGUGGGCCGGGCCUAGAACACAGCGGCUUCACCUACUCACCCCAGACCUUCAUGGACAACCAGAUCUACUUCUACAACUUCGGCAUGCCAGACUUCGGGGUGUCAUCUCUAGUGGGGAUGCUGGACGCAGUGAAGGUUCUAGCAUUUUCCGUGAGGGAGGGGAAGGUGGCUGUGCACUGCCACGCUGGACUCGGCCGGACAGGUGUGCUGAUAGCGUGCUACCUGGUGUACACACUGCACAUCAGCGCCAGUGAGGCGGUGCACUAUGUGCGUAUCAAGCGUCCACGCUCCAUCCAGACGCGCUCCCAGAUCAGCCUGGUGUUCGACUUCGCCCGCCUGCUGGGGAGCCAGCUGCUGCAGUACCCGUGCCUGACGCUUCGCCAUGGCAACCCCUUCAGCCUCGGACAGUACCUGCAGCGGCAGAUGCUGCUGCUCCACGGCGAGGAGGUCCGACUCCUCACACACACGCCCAAGAUCCUGCACCUGCUCUGCUGCCAGCUCACGGCCAUCGCCCUGGGCAACGAGAGCCCUGAUGAGGUGCAGGAGGAGCUGGACAGGAGGACGUUCAUCUUGGCUCUCCAGCGGGCGGUGAAGGACACCCUGGUGAAGAAGAAGUUCCUGCCGCUGCUACUGGACGAGAGGGGCAUGCGCCGCUCGUCCUCCACCAGCUCCGUGACAUCGUGGGACGAGCCGUUCGGCUUCCUGCAGAGGAAGAGGGAGGUGCUGGUCAACAAGCGCUGCUACAGCGAGGGAGACCUGUACAAGAUCACCCUGGAGGACGAGGACUUCGUCUGGUUGGUGGACAAUCAGAGAGACAACCUCGAGCUCAUGUGUGACCUGCAGGAGGUGAAGUCUCCAGUCCCGCCCCUCAAUGCGCUGACCAAGGAGCAGUGGACUCAGGAAGUGGAGAGACUGGCCGCAUAUCGGCCCUACACCCCAAUGCUGUAUAACGGCGUCAUCGCAAAGAGGCCCAAAUGCAAGAUGAAGAAACCGCCCACUCUGUCCAAGUACAACUCCAACGUGGAGCUGCAGAGGAAUCAGCGGAAAAACAACCAGGUGUCCAUAGCGAAGGCGGUUGCCCGGGCGAUGGCACGACAGCAUCUUGCGGAGGACAGAGUGCUCGCCAGAGUUGCCGUGUUACAGGAUGAACUGAACAAGAACGUGUGCGGCUGGGCCACCGUUGCCAUGGAAACCGACCCUAAAGUACUCGCCCAUCUCCUGUGGACCUGGUUAGAACGCCUCAAGGAGCCUGUUCUGAGUGCUAGUGACAUAAAGGAGUUGAUUUCACACCAGACCAAUCAGAACCCCCUUCAUUUCUUACAGAAGAGCCAGCGCUGCACCAUCUCCUGUCUACUGCGCUGCAUCGCUCAGGUCACCAGCCUGUGUCCAAAGCAGGAAGACAGCGUGCUAAACCAUCUUGUGAGAGCUCUAACCAGGCGCCCUCUUCAGGAGAUUAACAACUCUGGGAAGUUGCUCCAGAUACUAAGGAACUCGAUGAGAGAACAGAUCCUGGCCAGCGUUCUUCGCCACAACACACACACACAGUCCGGGGCAGCACUCAGCAACACACACGGUCCAUUAAAAUCGUAGCUUAACACUUUCCACUCACUAGGCCUGGUUAAGGGAAGGGAUUAAAAUAUAAGGGUAAAACGUCUCUGAGAACUUUGAGAAUUUCGCUACAUUUAAAAAAAA